AUGGAGUCAGUGCUAUCUCCAAUCUCUGAUCCCCACAGUCGGGAUCCGGAGGGAGACUUCCCGCUAGACGGAAAGGACGUUGACUCUGUCACAGACGAGACUCUAGCAACUCUUCUUCAAUCUGCUCCUGUGCUGUACAGCAUUGGCCCCACAAAAGUUGUGCGACUCUCACAGCAUUUGGUGAUGAAAGGUGGCGGCAGUGUCCUGCCAUGCGAAGCAGAGACGCUCAAUUUCGUUGCCUCCAAAACCGGCAUUCAAGCCCCACGAGUCCAUUGGUCAUUUCAAGUCGAAGAUGAGACGCAGUAUUUUGGCACGAAGGGGUAUAUUGUGAUGGAUUUUAUCGCAGGCCAACCCCUCGAUAAGUGUUGGACCGAUCUACCCUACGACAACCAAAGGCAAAUCGCUAUGCAGAUUGCGGACAUGAUCAAAGAAAUGCAGUCUGUUGUAAUCUCGCAGCCAGGUCCUCUUGGUGGCGGGCCAUUUCGUGGCCGAUUCUUCACAGAUUAUAGUGCCGGUCCGUUCAAGGACAAUGCUGAAGUUCAAGGAUGGUUUAACCACAAGCUUGAUAUCUGUAAGCACGUGAACCAAUGUCCUAAAGAUAUCCCGCCAUUUCAAUUCAGCACUUUUGUCCUUACCCAUCAGGACAUAAGUCCUCGAAACCUGAUCCUAGACCCCAAUGGAGAAGUGUGGUUGAUUGACUGGGCGAAUGCCGGUGCAUAUCCCCCUGCCUUUGAAAGUGCUGCGUUAUUGGCUCAGCAGUUUUUCAUUGGCUUCAAUGAAGCAGUCUUGUCUGUUAUUCCACGGUUCCCUGAGGAAGAACUGCAACUCGAUUCAAUUACAUAUGGCCAAGCCCUGCCGCACACAAACCAUCCACACUCGAAGGUCGAUAACUUCAUCCGUCCAUCCAACAAGCUCGCCGUCGCGAUCAACCCUUCAAGAUGCCGGUAUGUUACCACCCUGUUCACGCCAUUCUCGAAAAAUACUUUCGCCAUCGUCGCCAGCAACAAGACCUUCCGCACCAAGCAAAAGCUUGCCAAAGCUCAGCGUCAGAACCGCCCCAUCCCCCAGUGGAUCCGUCUGCGCACCGGCAACACCAUCAGAUACAACGCCAAGCGCCGACACUGGCGUAAGUCGACCCUGAAGGUCUAAGCGGACCCUCAGUAUUCGCACCCUCCGUCCGGCCAUUCUCAAAAGCCCCAUUUCAGCUCGCGAUGUCACAUGGCAACCGAAGUGUGUCUGUGCGGGGUGGUUCAAGGGUUUUUGAUUAUUUCGAAACCCUCUUCAUGAUGUGACGCCCACAACCGAAUUUCGAACAACAUGCCUUCACCAUGAACUUGAGAGCGCUAGUGGAUGUGGAACUACUCUUGAGUGCAAUUGCAAACAAAAAUUCAAUUUCAAAAUCUUGAUCCGGGUCUUGCUUUGGGUCGUGUCUAUCUCUUUUUUUUUCUUAAUCUUCCAAUGGGUCGUCAUUUUUUCCUCCACGGUUCCGAGUGGGGAUAUGAUGGAUUUCCAACACGCCUAAUUUUAUCGAUAUGGAUGGCAGGCCCGGAUUAUUUUUGCAAAAGGGUUUGUUGUCGUUUGGGGCUGAUCGUCGUCUUGCUGGGGGCGGGCUUGUAGGACUGGCGUGGCGGGGGAUUUUCUUUUUUGAUACAAAAUCUGAUUGAAUCGAAUUGAAUGUCCUUUUGCCUACA